UGAAUAUUUUUUUGUAUUUAAAUAGAAUUUCGACAUAAUUUAAGAGCCGAAAGCGGGGAAAUCUUGCAAACUUUUCUUUAUUUAGAGAAUUUUUAAAAUUUAAAAAUUUGGAAGUAAAUAAAAGAAAAAUUCUGAAAUUAAAAAAAAUACUACUAGUAUGUUUUUAAAGAAUCUUUUGAUUCGUAUAUUGUUAUUUAAUUCAAGAUGUCAUUUAAUAUGAAUUUAAUAUUUACUGCAAAAUUUCAACUUCUCUUAGGCUCGUGCCGUGACAAACAUUUAAUCAAAAAAUUUAUUUUAUUAUCUUCCUCUCAUUGUGUACAAUUUUUAUCAAAAUUUCCAUUAUUUAAAUCCUCUAUUUCCACAGACAAAUCAUCCCAUUUUUCAACAAGUCCGCAUGAACUUAUCCGCUUUUUUAUAUCAUCAUCGCGAUAA